AUGGCAUCCCCUACAUCGAAACAUCAGCUAAGACCCGGCAGGGCAGCCGCUCUGGCUCUGGCUCCAGCUCCGGGACCCUCUGGGACCCCCCGGGACCCAUGUGACCCAGCGGCCCCCAUGCUGUAAGGUGUGGAGGAUGCCUUCUAUACGCUAGUACGUGAGAUCCGGCAGCAUAAACUGAGGAAGCUGAACCCUCCUGAUGAAAGUGGCCCUGGCUGCAUGAGCUGCAAGUGUGUGCUAUCCUGACGCCAGGCUCAGGACGUGGAGGUGCCGGAUGCAGGGAGGAGGUACAGACGGAAGGAAGGAAAGAGGAGGGAAGGAAGGAAGGAAGCGAUGCUGGAGCCAGUCCAGUCCAGGGAUGGUGGACAGAGAUGACCAAGACCUUCGCAUGGACAAUUUGAAUUGACUGUCAUGAACUGUCCCUAUUGCCCCUGGCACCCCAGCCCUCAACCCCUUUCAGUUCCCUCCGGGUGCCUAUGGGGCACAGGUUGAAUCACAGUAAAUUAUUUGAUGGUCUUGA